UUUUGAUAACAAAAGUCGAAACUAAACGAGCAAAGCAAAAUAAAAACAAACAAAAAUUCGUACCUAAUGCCUACCUAGAUAAAUAAUUUCAGUUACAAGGUUAUUCUUUAAGUCAGUAAGUGGAUAAAAAACAUCGCUUUAUAGGUAUUUACGUAUUCGCUUACGAUUUUUAUAAGAAAUAUUUUGAAAAUGCCUCGCGGCAAACCAAAGCCAUCUGCCGCCAAGGCGAAAAAUUCAAACUCUGGUAAAAAGAUUGAAGAGCUAAAAUCUAAACCAGUGGAAGAUAAUUCUAGCUUUAGUAUACCAGAUUUGAACAGGUACAAAUUUGAAAAGAAACCACACGUUAAAAUCGAAUUUGAAAAGGCUUCUCCUGAAAAACAAGAAUCAAAAGGAUCAUGGGAACCAUCAAACUGGACAGAUUUUCUGGUGAAUUUGAGAAUAAUGAGGGCCAACAAUGAUGCUCCUGUCGACUCCAUGGGUUGUAAAAGUUCCAUAGAUGAAACUGCAGCACCAGAGGUCUACAGGUACCAAAGUCUGAUUUCACUGAUGCUGUCCAGUCAGACAAAAGAUCAGGUCACAUUUGCGGCCAUGGAGAAGCUGAGGGCUCGCGGUUUGACCAUAGACAAUGUCUUGAAAAUGAGUGAUGAGGAGCUUGGCCAGUUGAUAUAUCCUGUGGGAUUUUGGAAGACCAAAGUGAAAUACAUAAAGAAGACUACACAAACACUGAAGGAGCAGUACAAUGGUGACAUUCCAGAUUCAGUGGAGAAGCUCUGCAAACUGACUGGUGUUGGCCCUAAAAUGGCUCACAUUUGUAUGAAAGUUGCUUGGAACAAAGUCACGGGAAUUGGAGUCGACACUCAUGUUCACAGAAUCAGUAAUAGGAUUGGUUGGGUAAAAAAACCUACAGCAACCCCUGAAGACACCAGGAAAGCUUUAGAAUCGUGGUUACCAGUAGAACUUUGGAGUGAAGUUAACCAUCUCAUGGUGGGUUUCGGACAGACAAUAUGCACACCAAUAAGUCCAUUUUGCAAUGAGUGUCUCAAUAAAGACAUUUGCCCAUCAAGUGGGAAAGGUAGGAAGUCACCAAGCAAAAGAACUCCCAUCAAACUGGAAGUGAAAGAUGAAGUGAAUUCAGAAGAUGAAUUUGUUGAAAAUACAACUGGUAAAAGUCAAAAGACAUCCAGAAAGGUACAAUCACUUCAACUUGAUGAGAAAUUAGAAGAGGAUGUAAAACAAAAAGGUAAAAAAUCUGUUUCACCCAAACCAACAAAGAAAGAGUUACUUGAAGCCAAUGGAGAAAUGAAAGGAAGAAUAUCCCCCAAACAGAAAGCACUCUUAAAAGAUCUAUACAAUAGUGAUGUUGAAAUGGAAAAUUUGUUAACAUCACAUAAAAAUGUGAAGAAUAGUGGAAAAUCACCUAAACAAAAGACUCAAAAAAAAGAUGUGCUGGAAAGUGAUAGUGAAGGAAAAUUGAAAUAUGGAAAAUCAAACCCAAUAAUUGCAUCUACAAAAGAAGAUAAAGGUGCAGCUUUAGAUAUAGUUAAAAAGACUGUGAAGAAGUCACCAUUGAAAAGAUCACCUCGAAAUAAAUGUGGUAAAAAUGAACAAAAUAAUGAAAAUAGCAGUGAUGAAGUGUGUAAGAAAAAGAAAAUUUGAAUCCAUGAAUAUUUAGAUAUUAAGUUUAAUAAGCAUUUGUUUUGUUUUCAAGAAAAUUUUAAUUGUUAUGAUCAUGUUACCUCAUAUUGCAUUAAAUUUUUUCAAUAAAAGAUUCAAAUAAUAUUUUAA